UGCGCGACCCAAGAACACCCGACUGCUACACAUCUCCAUUGAUCCCAUGAAUCCGGAAGGUCAACACUCUUCAAGAUAAACGAGAUGACGGAAACGGAAUCAAAACACGAAUCCGUGACAUCGCCUGAAGGGCAAGCCGAACCUAGAUCGACGACCCGAAACCUCGCAAAACACGACAAAGCCCACUUCCGACGCGAACCCUUACCGUUCCUCCGCGAACUAAACGCAUGGUACAAUGGUGUCGGAUGGCGCGGAUAUAAUGACUACAUCGGUCAACGUAUUUAUUACGACGGGUUCACCGCGGAGAUCAAGUCACAGACCCUUUCAAGUCCGAUCCUGCGGAAGAAGAUCGUCGAGCUGGCGACGAAGCGUGCAGAGGUGGAGUACCCAAAUGAAGCCAUCCCAAGAGCCCGGAGACGAACGGAAUUGGAAAAUCAGUUGGGUGAAGUCGCGGAUAAGUUGGCGGAUGGUAUGAUCACCCGAUUGGAGCACCACAAGUUCAUCCGUGGUGCGUGCUGGAUGGUGAAUCAGAUGUUGGCAAGAAUGUAUGAUCAGGGAAUCCAUGUCGAUGACGGCCAAGUACAACAGUUGAGAGAGACGGCGAUGAAGGCCGAAAAAGAGGGGAGGUCAUUGAUUAUUCUGCCGUGUCAUAAGUCGCACAUCGAUUACAUCUCGAUACAGAUCAUUUUCUAUCGACUGGGAUUUUCGUUACCGCACGUCGUUGCUGGUGACAAUCUCAACUUUCCGGUCGUUGGGCCGUUUUUGCAGAAUGCAGGUGGAUUCUAUAUUCGCCGGGAGUGGGGUGAUGAUGCGCUCUACUCGACGCUCGUUCACUGCUAUAUCUCAGUGCUGCUCGCUCGCGGGCUGAAUAUUGAAUGUUUCAUUGAGGGCACGCGAUCACGAACCGGCAAGCUCCUUCCGCCCAAGCUUGGUAUUCUUAAGCUUAUCCUCGACGAAGUCACCAAAGAUGGAACGAAAGAUGCGUACGUCGUUCCUGUCAGCGUCCAAUACGACCGUGUUAUCGAGGCAGAAUCGUACGUCAGCGAGCUUCUUGGCAAACCGAAGGAGAAGGAAGGCUUAAUUGACAUGUUGAAGAAUUGGGAUUUAUUACAGCUACGACUCGGCCGUAUCGAUGUUCGAUUCGCGGAAGCGUUUUCACUGAAGGAGUUCGUGAAUGCACAGGAAACGCGUCAAACGGAAAGGUCAGUGACGGAGCGGGCUACGCCUCGGUCUACGUAUGCAUCAUCUUCUGCUCUUCAGUUACGGAUUCUUCGUGCGUUGGGGUAUAAGGUGCUCGCUGAUAUCAACCGGGUGUCGGUCGUGAUGCCAGCAGCACUCGUCGGCACGGUUAUUCUUACGCUUCGCGGGCGAGGUGUAGGCAAGAGUGAGUUGGUCAGGCGAGUCGCGUGGCUUAUCGAACGUGUUAAAGCAAAGGGCGGACAAGUCGUAGAUUUUCAUGGCGUUAGUCUGGAAGGGAUCGUUGAGCGAGCACUUGGGUUCCUCGGCGACCUUGUAGGUGAGGUCACUGAAAAGGGUGUGUUGGAGCCCACCUAUUACGCAAAGGAUCGCUUUCAACUAUCGCUGUAUCGAAACCAAGUCAUACACUUGUUCGUGUCAGAAGCGAUCAUUGCAGCGGCGAUGUACACCAAACUCAAACAGGGUGGAGGACCGGCUCAUCAGCGCAUGCCUUUGGAGGAUUUAUAUGACCGCUGUACAUUCUUGUCGCAGCUUUUCAAGAAUGAGUUCAUCUUCGGACCUCAGGGCUUUGCACCAAAUAUGAGAAUCUCGUUGGAGGAGCUGAAGAAAGACGAGGUAAUCGACAUGCAGCAAGGAUACGUGGAACUAUCGCGCGAAGAACGCGAACUCGGUAGAGAGAACUAUGAUUUCUAUUGUUUCCUGCUCUGGCCGCUCGUGGAGACAUACUGGUUAGCGUCUGUGGCGAUGUUCGCUCUUGCUCCUCGAAACGGCAAUGCGGGUGCCUCGUGGGUGUCUAUGAAGGAGUUUGAGGAUGCUGCCCAGAAUCUGGGGAAGACCUUGUUUUACCAGGGUGAUUUGUCGUAUUACGAAGCAGUCAGCAAGGAAACUUUACGGAAUGCAUACCAGCGGCUUACAGAGGAGGGCGUGAUCACAAUCCGGCGGACACGCGGUGGACGUGCCCCGAAUGUGUUGAGACUGAGUAAGCUGUGGUGGCCGGCACGCGAUAAAGCGACUGGUGAAGUUCAGGUAGGCGGCAAGUUGUGGGAUCUGGUGGAGUCUAUUGCCGUGUCCCGAAGAGAAGGAAAGAAUCGAAGGGAUAAUGCUACAGUUUCUCGAAGAGUGCUUUUCAUCGCUGAUGAAGUCGGAGCGAGGCUGAAGAGGCAGUCUGACCAGGGAAUUACAGAUAAAGCCACAAACCUAGACGUUGUCGAGAAGGGAAAGAAGGGUGCGCAAACAUUGGAGGGACCCUUAUCCGCAAAGUUAUAGGCAGACUGAAUUCUCAGACAUGGAGCUCGUAUGAUGGUUUGAUUGCAAUACGGCUGGUGAACUACGCCC